CUUUUCCCUCCUUGCCUGACCUUUUUUUAGCUCACUUUUUCAGCAUUCUUUCCUUUUAUAUUUGUCAAGCUCUCCCAUCCAUUCGCACCCCAUUUUCUAUCCACUUCUUCAGUUGUUGCCUCUACUGCAACUCCCUUCCUUUAUCUUUGAUCUCUCUCAAAGGUCAGCUAACUGCAGAAGAUGUCAACCAAAGCUAGCAACAAAGUCAGUCAGAAAAAGGGAAACAACAAGGCAAAUGGUUCUGUUAUACAGAAGUCUACCGCUAGGGCUGCGCCUGAGAACAGAGGGGUUACCAGGAGUUGUGGCUUCAUGCGAUGUAAAAGAUUCAAAUUUUCGCCAAUAAGGUUUCUCAAGCAUCUUGGUGGUAAAGUAGCAAAAGGUUUACAUGUGGUGUCCAUGAGAAUUAGGCCUUCUCCUAAGGUUUCUUCUUCAUCAGGAAGAUCAAAGCCAUUUGUAACUCCUGUUGAUACUCAUAGAAAUGCUGCCAUCGAGGACUGCAUCGAAUUUAUCAACUCUUCUGCUUCCUUGCCUAGAUCAAAUUCUGUUUCUGCUAAUUCUCAUUGAACUCUGUCUGCAGUUAAUGAUCAUCAUAUUUGGUCAUAAAGAUAGUUUGCUGAAAAUAUUAAGCAUCCUAGUUGCUUAUAUGUACAUUGUCUUUUUCUACGGAUAAUGAAAGUAAAGCAUUAUUUGAAUAUGGAAUUUAUCUUACUUUGUUCAUAUAGUCAUCUCUGCAACCUCUUUUCUGUCUUUACGCUGCUGCCUCUUUUGUAAAAAAAAAGCAUUAUUUAGUUUACCUAUGAAAGACAAUGGAGUAUCUUAUAUUAUCCUUUUGGUUUGAUAUCUCCUACUGUAAAUUCUGUUGGGUUGCAUAUUU